AAAAAUUUUGGCAAAAACUGUAUAUAAGACCGCCUGCCGCCCUACAUUUUUCAUUUCGGGCUGAUAUCUCGGCGAGAGCAGAAGUUGGGCUCCAUUAAAAUUCAAAAUUGAAGUCAUGGUGUACAUAGUGCAUAACAAGGACGAUCUUGACCAGCAGCUAACCCUCGCCGAGGACAAGCUGGUGGUGAUUGAUUUUUAUGCAGACUGGUGCGGACCGUGCAAGAUAAUAGCGCCCAAGCUGGAGGAGCUGGCGGAGCAGUACUCGGACCGUGUCGUCGUGCUCAAGGUGAACGUGGACGAGAACGAGGACAUCACGGUCGAAUACAAAGUGAACAGCAUGCCCACGUUCGUGUUCAUCAAGGGCGGCGAUGUGCUGGAGCUCCUCGUUGGCUGCAAUUCCGAUAAGUUGGCCAAAUUGAUGGAGGAGCAUGCCGGCGUUUAUACGUCCUGCGUCGAGGAUAUCAUCGAUGACGAAUCCAUUGCCGAUGAGAACGCCGCCUGCAGCGACAGCGACAAUGACAAUGACAAUACCAACGACAAUACCAACGACAACUACAACGACAACGAUGACGAUGCCGAUGUGAUCUUUUGCGAGGUGUCCGCCCACGACGAGGAUUCGGUGCUGGAGCACUAGGCCAGCGCCACCACACUCCCAACAUAGCAACACCAUAUGUAUGUAAGUCACCAUCAUCACCGAGCACACUCCAUACGCAUUCACAUUCGCACACACAUCUAUGCGAAACGAAGGAAAGCAAUAUAUAUAAAUAUAUAUAUAUAUAUAUACACACCCAUACACAUAACGAGAUAUAUAUAUAUAUAUAUAUAUAUGAUUACACUAAACCCAGAUCUAUUCACACAUAAUACUCAUCGUUUGUGGUGCCUGAAGUACGAACGCAUUACAAUUGUAUGCCAGAAGUUGUUGUGACGGCGGAGGAGGACUAUUUUCCAAUCGAUACUACAUACUAUACAACUAUCUUUCCAAGAAUCCGAGGACUUGUGGGAUUCGUUUAACACACCAAAAUGACAGUGGUCCUGCAGCGAGCUUGAUACCAGAUACGGAUGCUCUAUAUGUAUACUAUACACUAUACUAUAAACUAUACUAUACUGUUCUCUGUGGGCAUACACACUUAAUGGAAAUAUGUACAAUCGACCGACAUAAAUAAUACGCAUUACAAAUAAAUAGAUGCUUAAGAGAUCUACACAAUAAACAGCGUGAACAAUUAUCAA